AUGGCGCCCCGCUUCCCCAAAAAGCCCACCAUCCGCCAGAAGGGCAACGUCCUCGUGCUGGAGUGCCUCCUCGAGGCCAAUCCCUACCCGGAGAUCACCUGGUACCACGGGACGAAGGUCAUCACCGAGAGUGCCCGCCACAAGCAGACGCGCCAGGAGACCGGCCCCAACCAGUACCUGCUGGGGCUGGAGAUUCACGGGCCGACAAUUGAGGAUGGCGGCACCUAUCGCUGCAAUGCCCUCAACGAGAAGGGCGAAUCGAAUGCCAAUAUUGCGCUCAACUUUCAGAGCGGCGACGAAGACGACAAUGCGCCCUCCUUCAUCGGCAAGCCGCGAAUCGUGCCCGCGGAGACGGCCAUCACGCUGGAGUGCCGCGUCAAGUCGAAGACCGCCAUCACCGCCACCUGGUCGAAGGGCGGCACCACCAUACGCGAGUCAGGUCGCCACCAGCUGACCAUCGUCAAGGAGAAGGCCGAGGAGUACUACGUGACGCUGGUCAUCAAGAACCCGUCGGCCGCCGACGGCGGCUCCUACAAGGGCCUGAUUAAGAAUGAGGCCGGCGAGAUCACCGCCAACCUCAGCCUGAACAUCGAGGGCGAGGCGGAGGAGGAGGACGGCUCGAUUGCGCCCACCUUCCUCGCCAAGCCGAGCAUCACCGCCGACGAGGACGGGCAGCACAUUCUGAUGGAGGUUCGGUGCCGUGCCAAGCCGAAACCGACCAUCACCUGGUUCCACGAGGGCGAGCUGGUGCGCACCGGCGGCCGCAUCCGGCAAACCAUCAUCGAGGAGAAGGGCGACGUCUAUGUGAUCCGCCUGGAGAUCACCGGCGGCGACAGCCCCGACUCAGGCCUCUACAAGUGCAACGUGAAGAACUCGGCGGGCGAGUCCAAUGCCAACCUGACGCUGAACAUUGAAAUUGUCCCGGUCAUCAGCCAGCGCCCGCGCCUCGUCCGCCUGGAGCGCCAGCGGAAGAUUGUGAUUGAGUGCGCCGUGAAGAGCAGUAAUGCGCCCAAGGUCACUUGGAUCCGCGAGUCGACGACGGUCCGGGAGGACAGCCGUCACCGGCAGAUUGUGAAGGAGGAGCGCAAGGGCGAGUACAUGAUCCAGCUGGAGAUUGAGGAGCCGACGGAGGGCGACAAGGGCGCCUACAAGAUGAGGGCCGUCAAUGAGAAGGGCGAGGUCACCUCGGAGGUGAUUCGCCUCACGGAGAUCUUCGAGGAUGAGGAGAAGAAGGAGGAAGAGGAGAAACAGGCGGCGAAGAAGAAGAAGACCGUCAGCGCGCCGAAGAUCCUGCAGGAGCUGCGCUCAGAGAAAUGCGAAAUGAACGAGACGAUCGAGUUCAUCGUCCGCUACGAGUCCGAGGAGGAGGUGACCGUCAUCUGGUACUGCAACCGCCGCCAGGUGCGCCAGUCCUCCGCCUACGCCCUCCACUCGGACCGCCGCAUGGCCCGCCUCACCGUGAACCGCGUGCAGAUGGAGCACGCCGGCGAGUACACCGUCGAGGUGGUCAACUCGGCCGGAAAGACGGUCUCCACCGGAAAGCUCACCGUCGUCCGAAAGGAAGUCGAAGAGGACGACGAGGAGGAGGAGCAGCAGGAGAAGGCGGAGAAGAAGGCGGAGAAGAAGAAGCAGAAGAAGGAGGAGGUCGUAGAGGACGUGGAGAUGGAGGACGUUUCCGAGGAGGUCAAAAAGGCCACCGAGGAGCCGCAGAAGCGAAAGCUCUCCGUGAAGAAGAAGGACCCCGUGCCGGAGAAGCAGCAGAAGAAGGAGAAGGAGGGGGAAGUGCCUGCCCCCGCCCCCUCGAAGAAGCUUUCGGUGAAGAAGAAGCCAGCCGCUGCUGCCGAAGCUCCUGCUCCUGCUGAGCCUGCUGCCGCUGCCGCUCCCGAGGAGAAGGCCCCAGCAGCAGCCCCCACCAAGAAGCUGUCCGUCAAGAAGAAAGAGGUAACCGCAGAGAAAGCAGCAGCAGUAGUAGUGCCACCACCCUCUGCCACCCGAGCUGGUCUAGUAGCCAGCAGCCCUUCAGAAAGCCCUGAGAAAGCCCUAAAGCCCACCACCUCCACCUCCACCAUCCCUGUCGUUAAUGUUGAACCCGAAAGUCCCGAAGGUUCCAAAUCCCAGGAGCCCUCUAAAACUACUACCUCCACCUCCUCCACUACCAAACCUUCUCCUAGUUCUAGCACUCCUAGUUCGAAAUCUCCUCUUAGUCCUAGCAGCAGCAGCAGUAGUGUUGCCACUUCCAACCUGAAUCCUGAUCCUGAACCUGAACCUAAAUUUGAAUCCACACCCAAGUCUAAUCCUAAAUUUAAUCCUGAAACCUCACCCAAAACUAAUCCUAAUCCAAAUGCUCCUGAGCCCAAAUCUGAAAACCCGUCCUCAGCAGCACUACCACCACCUCCCAAGCGAUCCGGUAGCUCUAAAAAGUCCUCCAAACCUAGAACCUCCGCCUCCUCCCAAAACCUGUUGUCUGUUGAGCCCAUGGAAGUAACUACCACUACCACCACCACUCCCACCCAUGAACCCUCCUCCUCAACCUCGGUAGAAACCUUAACCAGUAGUACUACGAGCACCUCCACCCCUCUUCAGCCGCCACCACCCUCCCUUAGAGACCGUCGACCCUCCAUCAAGGACCGCUAUCCCUUUGACAAGGCGCUGGACACGGCCCCUCCCAACCAGCGCUUCCGCCGACCGGCCAGCUCGGAGUCCAGCUCACUCGCUUCGACUCCUCGAGGCUCCAUCUCGGGCGAGUCGGGCGGCACCGGUCCCCCUAGUUUAGCGCCUCCCAAGCUGCCCGCUGAUCUGCCCAAGCCGAAGCGGUCCUCGGUCAUUACGAUGCACCCUAGAGAGGAUGCCCCCAAAUCAGUACCCUCCACCACCACCACCACCUCCUCACCAACACUCAUCUCCACCUCCUCCUCUUCCCAUGCCGUCCUCCUCCCACCCACCAUGACCUCGGUUUUGCCACCCAGUCCUAAACGUUCUUCGUCUCUUUCCUCAAAGGAACCGGCGAAGCCUCCUGCAGAGGAGGCGGCUCCAGCUCCAGCUGCUGCCGCUGAACCGGUAAAGCGCCGCCUGUCGAUCAAGAAGAAGACGCCCGGAACUGGGCCUAGCCCGACGUCGACGCCCGGCUCGACGGCGCCCAGCUCGCCCACCAGCACCACCGCACCGGUAAGCUUUGAAGAGUCGACGGUGGCGAAGAAGCGCCUCUCCAUCAAGAAGCCGCCGGCGUCGAUUCCCGAGGAGCCGCAGCCGCCGCUGGGCGCCACGCCCAAGUCGAGCCUGGCGGCACCAGCGCCGGCGGCCCCGGCCAAGCCAGGCGCCCCAGCCUCUCCAGCUCCGGCCGAAGCCAACACGGUAACUAGUGACACUAAGGUAGAGGUAGAAACGGGUAAGAAGCGCAUUUCAGUGAAGAAGAAGACGGCAGCGGCACCUACAGCUGCUGCUUCCGCCAAUGGAGAGCUGAGCGCCGAGGAGGCCACCACCUCUAAGACCUCCUCCAUCAAGGGCCAGCCACGCACGCAACGGGUGCCCUCCAUCGAGGUGAGCAGCGGGGACGCCCCCAAGAUUGAGGUGCCUCAAACCACCACUCAGCAGCAGAAGGCGGCGCCCUCGAAGCAGCAGACCACCCAGCCGCCGCCCACCCUCCUGGCCGACAGUAAGCCGAUCGUAGUGAUAGAGCCGGCCGAAUCGGCUAGUCCUGCUCCUAGUAGUCCUAGCGGCUCUAGACGACCUAGCAUUAGCUCAGACACCGCCAGUGCUAGUGCAGCUGCUGCAGACGACAGACGCGAUAGCAUCUCCGACGGCCCGCCACCCGGUUUCAGCCGCAGUGGAUCACGACGACCUUCGAUUAUUAUCGUUGCAGAUGAGAAGGGCCUGGCGGUGGACGAAAGUGGGCAGACGAAGAAGCUUCGACCUGGUGAGAUGCUGGAGGUGAGGCGCGGGAGCACCCGCCGCGGCAGCACCAGCAUCGACAUGCGCAAGGCCUCGGUGAUGGAGAUUGACCGCGCGGAUAAGCCCUCGACGCCGCUGCGGGAGCUCGGAGAGGUCGGCCCGCCCGUUAUCACCGACUUUGUGGAGAACGUCUCGGCGGUCGAUGGGAAGACGGCCUUCAUUCAGGCCACCGUCGAGGGGAAACCGAUUGCCGGCUUCAAGUACUUCAAGGACGGCAAUGAGAUCUUUGAGGGUGGCCGGUACAAGGUGGUGACCGACGGCGAGACGAACACGGUGUACUUCUGUAUUCGCAAGGCGAAGCCCAACGAUGAGGGCAAGUACAAGAUUGUGGCGUGGAACGAGCACGGCGAGGAUAGCUGCAAUAUUAAGCUCUUUGUUUCGGACGAAAGCGGCAUGGACUUUCGCGCCAUGCUCAAGUCGAAGCAGUACGCCAAGUGGGGCAAGGAGAAGGACGACCCCGACUGGGGCAAUCUGAAGGCCACCGAGGAUGAGCGCCGGGCGUCGCUGCGCGACAUGAAGUCUGAUGGAGAGGAGGAUAUGCUGGACCUGGCGGCGGAGGGCGCCGGUGAGCGUCGCAAGUCGGCCCUGCCGCCGAAAGACCAGUCCCUCGCCAAGCUCAUUCCCGACUGGCCGACGCUGCAGGCGGUCAAGCGAAAGCGACAGAAACCAGACAUGUUCAUCAAGCCGCUGGAGGACACCCGAGUGAAGGAGGGCCGCGACAAGAUGGCCCGCUUCGAGUGCGUCUUCAGCAAGUCGGGCAUCAAGGCGAAGUGGUUCAAGGGCCGCCAGGAGCUGUUCAUGGGCAAGAAGUUCAACAUGACCAGCACUGGGGACCUGCACGUGCUGGAGAUUCGCGACCCGCGCGUCGACGACCAGGGCCAGUACAAGUGCACCUGUCUGGACAAGAGCACCAACGCCCAGCUCGAUGUGGAGUACCCCGACCCGGUCUUCAAGUUCACCAAGCCGCUGCAGAAGAAGUACGAGCAGUACACCGGCAAGGAGCUGGUCCUCGAGUGCAGCACCAACCACUCCAAGGCGCAGGUGAAGUGGUUCAAGGGCGAAACGAGUGUCGACUCGAUGAACGACAGCCGCCUCUUCGUGGAGCGGGACACCUUCGGAAAGCACUUCCUCAAGAUCCGGCCCUGUCGGGUGGAGGACACCGAUGACUUUAGCUGCAAGAUUGUCGGCACGGAGGAGGUGACCCGAACGAAGGUGGUCACCACCGACCGGCAGUUUAUCUUUGUGAAGCCGCUGAUGAGUCAGAAGUGCACGGAGAAUGAUACCAUUACGCUGGAGUGCGAGGUGGACGACCGCGACGCCGAUGUGACCUGGUGGAAGGACGGCAAGGAGGUGAAGCCGGAGAAGAAGAAGAUUGAGCUGGUGGCGGAGGGGCGGAAGCGGAAGAUGAUCAUCAAGAAGGGCAAGGUGAGCGAUGAGGCCACUUAUGAGUGCAAGACCAACGGCGACGUGACGGCGGCGGAGAUUCUCGUUGAGCCGGCCAACAAGUUCCGCAAGAAGCUGCAGGACAAGACGGUGAUUGAGCGCGAGGAGAUCGUCCUCGAGCUGGAGAUGCUGGAGAAGCGAGCGCCGCUGCAGUGGUUCAAGAAUGGGCAGCCCAUUUACGGUGAUCAUCGUCUGCAGAUCAAGUACGACGAGACCACCGGCAAGCAGUCGCUGAUCAUCCCCUGCUCGGAGAUGGGCGACGCCGGCGAGUACAUGGCCAAGGCGAAGGACUGCAAGACCAGCUGCAAGGUGGUGGUGAAGGAGGGCGAGCGCAAGCCGGAGCUGAAUCCCUCCGACACCGACUUCCAGGGCAACGUCGGCCAGCCGCUCACCAUUGAGAUUCCCUACAAGAUUCAGGGCACCCGCACCUCUGACGCCAUCCCAAAGCUAACGCGCAACGGCGUGCCCAUCUCCCCCAAGGACGUCGAGGUGAUCGUCAAGGAGGACAAGAUCGUCCUCAUCUUCAAGAAGCCCCAGCGCGAGGACAGCGGCAAGUACGACUUCAGCCUGACGAACAGCCAGGGCGAGGCGAAGGUCCCGCUGAACAUCAACUUCGUCGGCCCGCCGUCACCCCCGGAAGGACCGCUCGAGGUGACUGACCUCUACCGCGACCGCUGCCGCCUCGCCUGGAAGCCGCCCAAGGACAUGGGCGGCCUCCCACUGCUUCACUACGUCGUCGAGCGGCAGGACAUUGGCAUGCGCGGCGGCUGGACGGAGGUGGGCACCACCGAGGAGUGCCGCAUCAACGUCACUGACCUCGCCCACAAGAAGGAGUACAAGUUCAGGGUGCGGGCGGUGAACAAGAAGGGCGCCAGUGAGCCGCUCAACUCGGCGAAGAACAUCCUCGCGAAGGACCCCUACGACGAGCCGGGCAAGGUGACCGACGUGGAGCUGAUUGACUGGGACAAGGCCCACGUGGCGCUCAAGUGGAAGGCGCCGGAGAAGGACGGCGGGGCGCCGAUUGAAAAGUACGUCAUCGAGAUGAAGGACAAGUUCGCCUCGGAGUGGACCACCGCCACCGAGGUGGGUGGGGACGUGCUGAAGGGCAAGGUCACCGUGCCGACCAUUAAAGAAGGCGGACAGUACCAGUUUCGGGUGCGGGCGCUGAACAAGGCCGGCCCGGGUGAGCCCAGUGACCCCACCAAGUCGGUCAUCAUCAAGGACCGUUUUGUGAAGCCCUUCAUCCUCGGCGACGGGCUGAAGAACCUGGUGGUGAAGAAGGGCGCCAUGAUCAAGUUUGACAUUAACUUUGGCGGCGAGCCGCCGCCCGAGGUGAAGUGGGACCUGAAUGGAACGGAGAUUAAGCCCAGCACCAAGGUGUCCAUCGACUCGAACGACAAGAACUCGGUGAUUGUGGUGAAGAAUGCGGUGCGGGCAGACUCGGGAAAGAUGACGCUGACGCUGACAAACAGCUCGGGCACGGUGAGCAGCACGGCGGAUGUGAUUGUGCUGGACAAGCCGACGCCGCCGCAGGGCCCGCUCGAGGUGGAGAACGUCCACGCGGAGCACGCGACGCUGAAGUGGAAGAAGCCGAAGGAUGAUGGUGGCAGUGACCUGCGGGGAUACCUGGUGGAGAAGAUGGACGUCGACUCGGGUCGGUGGAUCCCCGUGGCGGAAGUGGGCCCCAAUCAGAAUGAGUUCAAGUGUGAGGGCCUGACGAAGGGGAAGAAGUACAAGUUCAGGGUGAAGGCGGUCAAUAAGGAGGGCGAGUCGGAUCCGCUGGAGACGAGGGACGCCAUUCUGGCGAAGAAUCCUUAUGACGAGCCCGGCAAGCCCUCCAAGCCGCAGAUUGUCGACUACGACAACACCAAGGUGGACCUGAAGUGGGAACCGCCCAAAUCAGACGGCGGCCGCCCCAUUCUCAAGUACAUCGUCGAGAUGAAGGACAAAAACGCCCAGGACUGGAAGGAGGUGGUGACGACGGAGGGGCCCACCCCUGAGGCUACCGUACCUCGCCUGAAGGAGAACUCCACCGUACAGUUUCGCGUUCGUGCGGUGAACAAGGCCGGUCCUGGUGAGCACUCUGACCCGACCGAUCCUCAUCUGGUGAAGCACCGCAACCUGAAGCCGUACAUUGACCGCACCAACCUGAAGAACAUCUGCAUCAAGGCGGGUCGCAAUCACAAGUACGAGGUGGACGUCAAAGGCGAACCGGCGCCGGAGAUCGUCUGGACCUUCAAAGGCGGCGCGGAGAAGGUGGUGGACAAUGACGUGAUCAAGAUCACCAACAAGGACUACCACACUGACCUCAGUUUCACCAAGGCCACGCGGAAACAGGCCGGUCGCUAUACGAUCACCGCCACCAACCGCAACGGCUCCGACACGGUGACGGUCGAGUUGAACGUCCUCGCGGCGCCGGCCAAACCGGAAGGACCGCUGGACGUGUCGAAUGUCUCCGCUGAGGGCUGCCACCUCGCCUGGAAGAAGCCUCUGGACGAUGGAGGCGUUCCCCUGAAGCACUACGAGGUGGAGAAAUUUGACAAGGAGACGGGCCGGUGGACUCGGGUGGGCAAGACCGACAAGCCGGAACUCGAUGUCACCGGCCUCAUUACCGGCCACGAGUACCUCUUCCGCGUGACGGCCAUCAACGAGGAGGGCGACUCUGAGCCGCUGGUGACGCUGCAGGGCACCGUCGCCCGAAAUCCCUACGAUGAGCCGGGAAAGCCCGGCACGCCGGAGAUUGUCGACUACGACAACGUCUCGGUGGACCUGAAGUGGACGGCGCCCACCAAGGACGGCGGCGCGCCCAUUCAGAAGUACAUCAUCGAGAAGAAGGAGAAGAACGCGCUGAUGUGGGAGAAGGCCACCGAGGUGCCCGGCAACGUCCUCGAGGGCAAGGUGGAGAACCUGGUGGAGCGGGCGGAGGUGCAGUUCCGCGUCGUGGCCGUCAACAAGGCCGGACCGGGCGAACCGUCGGACGCCACAAAAAUGCACGUCGUCAAGUUCCGCCGCCUGAAGCCGUACAUUGACCGCAACGACCUGGAGCUGCAGACGGUGAAGCGCGGGAAGAACCUGAAGUUGGAGGUGCACGUCCGGGGAGAGCCGCCGCCGAAGAUCACCUGGAAGCUCGGGGAUAAGGUGAUUGUCAACGAUGCGCACGUUGUGCUGGACAAUCCCGACUACCUGACGAAGAUUGCCAUCAACGACGCGCAGCGGAUCCACACUGGAAAGUACACGAUCAUUGCAGAGAACGAGGUUGGACGGGAUGAGGCGGAGGUGGAGUUUUGCGUCCUGGCCGCGCCCAGUCGACCCAAAGGACCGCUUAAGGUGGAGAACCUGACCGCCAAGGGCUGCGAGCUGAAGUGGGGCAAGCCUGAGGAUGACGGCGGAAAGCCCAUUAAGGGCUACGUCGUCGAGAAGCUCGAUCCCCACACCGGACAGUGGGUGCCGAUUGGCAAGGCGGACAAGGACGCCACCGCCUUCGAGGUGACCGGCCUGCAGAAGGGCAAGCAGUACAAGUUCCGCGUCAAGGCGGUCAAUGACGAGGGCGAGUCGGAGCCACUGGUCACCGAGCAGAUCACCGCCAAGGACCCGUACGAGCUGGCGGACAAGCCCGGUAAGCCGGCGAUUGUCGACUGGGACGAGAAGCGGGUCGACCUGAAGUGGGCCCCUCCAAGGGACGACGGCGGAGCGCCCAUUACCGGCUACGUGAUUGAGAAGAAGGACAAGGGCAGCAACAACUGGGUGCCCGUUCUGGAGACGCACUCCUCCAAGCCGGAGGCGACUGUGGAGGGCCUGGAGAAGGGCUCGCAGGUGCAGUUUCGCGUGCGGGCGGUCAACAAGGCCGGCCCCAGCGAGCCGUCCGAUGCGACGGAGAUGCACACCGUCAAGGAGCGAAACCUGAAGCCGCACAUUAACCGAGAGACGCUGAAGCCGAUUACCAUCAAGGCAGGUGGGCUGGCGAAGUUGGACGUGGAGAUCAGCGGCGAGCCGCCGCCGGCCAUCACCUGGACCUUUGAGGGGAAGAAGCUGUUUGAUGACGCGAACACGAAGAUCGACAACCCCGACUACGAGUCGCACGUGCAGAUCAAGCACAUGACGCGGGCGCAGUCGGGCAAGUACAAGAUUGCCGCGGAGAAUGAGAAUGGCAAGGACGAGGCGGAGGUGGACAUUAUCGUGCUGGAUCGACCCGCCAAACCGGAGGGGCCGCUGGAGGUGUCCGACGUCCAUGCCGACCACUGCAACCUCAGCUGGCGACCGCCUAAGGAUGACGGUGGUGUGCCGAUUGAAUCGUAUGUGGUGGAGAAGAAGGACUCGGCGACGGGACGAUGGGUCCCCUGCGCCAAGGUGGGCCCCGAGGCGACCGAGGUGGAGGUGACCGGCCUUGAUGCGGGCAAGAAGUACGAGUUCCGCGUGAAGGCCGUCAACCCUGAGGGCGAGUCCGAUUACCUCGACACGGACAAGUCGACGCUGGCGAAGAAUCCCUACGAGGCGCCCGGCCAGCCGGGCAUGCCCACCAUCGAGGACUACGACCGCGACUGGGCGGAGCUGAAGUGGGAGCCACCGAUCAGAGAUGGCGGCGCGCCCAUCGAGGGCUACAUCAUCGAGAAGAAGGACAAGUACAGUCCAAAUUGGGUGCAGGCCGCCGAGGUGUCGGGGCCCGUCUGCCAGGGCAAGGUGAAGGGCCUGCACGAGGGCGACAAGUACGAGUUCAGGGUGAGGGCAGUGAACAAGGCCGGCCCUGGUGCGCCCUCCGAUUCAGUUGGGCCCCACCUCGCCAAGCCCCGAUUCCUCGCUCCUAAAAUCGACCGCACCAAUCUGGUGGCCGUGACCGUCAAGGUGGGGCAGAUGGUCUUCUUUGAUGUCAAUGUCAUUGGCGAGCCGCCGCCGAAGACCACCUGGAAGCUGAACGAUGGCCCCGAGCUGACCACCGACGAGACGUACAGCAUAGCCGAUGUCGACUACAACACCAAGUUCACGCUGAACCGAGCCACCCGCAAGACCCGAGGCGUGUACACCAUCACCGCGACCAACUCCAGCGGCACCGACGAGGCCACCGUGGAAAUUAAGGUCCUCGGAAAGCCCUCGAAACCGAAGGGCCCGCUGGACGUCUCCGAUGUCCACAAGGACGGCUGCACGCUGAAGUGGAAGCCACCCGAAGACGACGGCGGCUGCCCCAUUGAGUGCUACGAGGUGGAGAAGAUGGACGAGGAAACUGGUCGCUGGGUGCCUUGUGGCAAGACCAAAGGUGGCGAUGACACUAAAUUCGACGUCACCAAUCUGGUGCCCGGAAAGAAGUACAAGUUCCGCGUGCGGGCCGUCAACAAGGAGGGCGACUCGGAGGAGCUGGAGACGGAGACGGGCACGGUGGCGAAGAACCCCUUUGAUGAGCCGGACAAGCCCGGUCGCCCUGAGCCGACUGACUGGGACAAGGACCACGUCGACCUCACCUGGGCCCCGCCUGCAAAUGACGGCGGCGCCCCCAUUACCGGGUACAUCAUUGAGAAGCGGAAGAAGGGCACGCACAAGUGGGCCAAGGCGAAGGAGCUGAAGACGCCGGACACCUCGGCUACCGUACCCGACCUGGAGGAAGGUGAGGAGUACGAGUUCCGCGUCAUUGCCGUGAACAAAGCGGGCCCCAGCGAGCCCAGCGACGCCAGUCGCUCGGUGAUCGCCAAGCCUCGCCGCCUGGCCCCAAAGAUUGACCGCACCAACCUGAAGGCGGUCAAAAUUCGCGCCGGCCAGCCGGUCAAGUUUGACGUUGACGUGAAGGGCGAGCCGGAGCCGACCAUCGAGUGGAGCGUCGGCGAGGGGAAGAAGCUGACCUCUGAUGAUCACACCAAAAUCGAGAACACCCCCUACCACACGCAGUUUAUGCUAGUGAACUCGGUGCGGGCCGACUCCGGGGAGUACCGCAUCUUUGCGCGGAACGAGCACGGCACCGACGAAGCGACCGUUACCAUCCUGGUCACCUCAAAGCCUACGAAGCCGAAGGGACCGCUUGCAGUGUCCGACGUCCACGCCGAGGGCUGCAAGCUGAAGUGGGACAAGCCCGAGGACGACGGCGGAGAACCGAUCACCGGGUACCUCGUGGAGAAGAUGGACGAGGAGUCGGGUCGGUGGGUGCCGGUCACCACCAGCCGCGAGCCGGAGGCGGACGUCGGCGGCCUCAUUCCCGGCAAGUCGUACAAGUUCCGCGUGAAGGCGAUCAACGCCGAGGGCGAGUCGGAGCCGCUGGAGACGGAGAAGGCAACGCUGGCGAAGAACCCCUUCACCGAGCCAGACAAGCCCGGACGGCCCAAUGUGGAGGACUGGGAUCGGAAUCGGGUGGACCUCAGCUGGGCGGCGCCGUCGGAGGAUGGAGGCGCCCCCAUUACCGGGUACAUCAUUGAGAAGAAGGAGAAGGGCGCCGCAAAGUGGGUGAAGGCCGCCGAGGUCUUUGGCCCGGAGACGGAGGCCCGCGUCAUGGACCUGAUUGAGGGGCAGGAGUACCAGUUCCGCGUGAAGGCAGUGAACAAAGCGGGUCCCAGCGCGCCCUCUGAGCCUUCCAGCUCGGUGGUGACCAAACCACGAAAUCUUCAUCCGAAAAUCGAACACCUACGAGAUAUCACAGUUCACGCCGGCCAACCGGUGAAGCUCGAUGCGAAGGUGAUUGGCGAGCCGCCGCCGCGAACCGUAUGGUACCUGACCACCGAGCCGGAGAAGGAGCUCAAGUCAGGUGAUCAUCUGAAAAUUGAAAACGAGCCCUACCACUCGCGGCUGAGCAUUCCCAGCUCGAAACGGGCUGACACUGGCCUCUACAAGCUGGUGGCCAGCAACCAGUCGGGCAGUGAUGAGGUGGAGGUGAAGGUGACGGUGUUGGAUGUUCCAGGAACGCCUGAAGGUCCUCUGGACGUCAGUGACGUCCACGCUGAAGGCUGUAAGCUAGCGUGGAAGCCGCCCAAGGAUGACGGUGGCGUUCCCAUUGAGGCGUACGUCGUCGAGAAGCAAGACCAGGCGACGGGACGAUGGGUCCCCGUGACGCAGACCACCAACCCCGAGUGCACUGUCACCAACCUGGAGCCGGGCAAGCAGUACAAGUUCCGCGUGAAGGCGGUCAAUGCCGAGGGCGAAUCCUCUCCUCUUGAAUCAGCCGAGCCGAUAGUGGCGAAGAAUCCCUACGACGCCCCAGGCGCCCCGGGCACGCCCGAAGUGGUCGACUACGAUAAGAACCACGUCGACCUGAAGUGGGAGCCACCGGCCAAGGACGGCGGCGCCCCCAUCCAGCAGUACAUCAUCGAGAAGAAGGAGAAGGGCAGCGACAAGUGGACCAAGGCGGCCGUCGUUCCGGGUGAUGAGACGAAGGCCCGCGUGCCUGACCUGGAGACCGGUCAGUCCUAUCAGUUCCGCGUCCGCGCGCAGAACAAGGCCGGCCCCGGGGAGCCCUCCGACCCGAGCAAGAUGUGCCUGGUGAAGCACAAGAAGCUGCCACCAAAGAUUGACCGAAAGAACCUGCGACCGAUUAAGAUCAAAGUGGGCGAGGCGUUCAGCUUCGAUGUGAAUGUGAUUGGCGAGCCGCCGCCGGAUGUGGUGUGGAAGCUGAAGGACCGCACCGUCGUCGAUAAGCCGACGCUGACCAUCACCAAUAAGCCGUACAACACCAAGCUGGACUGCGAGAAGGCGGAGCGGAAGGACAGCGGCACCUAUCACAUUGUGGCGACGAACAAGUGGGGCGAAGAUGUGGCCGAUGUGGAGGUGAAGGUCGUCGGAAAGCCGGCCAAGCCGGAGGGACCACUGGACGUGGAGGACGUCCACAAGGACGGCUGUACGUUGAAGUGGAACAAACCGCUGGAUGACGGUGGUGAACCGUUGGAAGGCUAUCUGGUGGAGAAGUUGGACCCGGACACUGGAAGCUGGGUCCCCGUUGGCAGGACGCCCAUUCCUGAGAUGGCUGUGACGGGGCUGACCCCGGGCAAGUACUACCAGUUCAGGGUGAAGGCGGUCAACAAGGAGGGCGAGUCGGAGCCGCUGGAGACGCUGUCGCCGACGCUGGCCAAGGACCCCUAUGAGACGCCGGGCCAGCCCGGUAGACCCGAGGCCGUCGACUGGAACAAGGACCACGUUGACCUGAAGUGGGAUGCGCCCAUUUUGGACGGUGGCGCGCCCAUCACCUCGUACAUUAUUGAGAAGAAGGAGAAGGGCAGCCCACGCGGUUGGGAGAAGGCCGCCGAGGUGCCCGGUGACCAGACGAAGGGCACCGCGCCCUACCUGGAGGAGGGCAAGGAGUACGAGUUUCGGGUGGUGGCGGUGAACAAGGCCGGGCCGGGUGAGCCGAGCGACGCGUCCAAGUCCAUUGUGGCUAAACCCAGAUUCCUGGCGCCACGCAUCGACCGCAACGCCUUCAAGGACCUCACCAUCAAGGCCGGCCAGAAGGUGAUGUACGACGUGCCGGUGGCCGGUGAGCCGCCCCCGGAGAUCACCUGGACCAUCAACGGGCGGGUGAUGCCCGCCGAGGGCGACUCACACGCCAAGAUUGAGACGGAGGACUACAACACGAAGUUGGCCGCCCGAAACGCCACCCGCGCCGACUCGGGCGCCUACACCAUCACAGCGAUCAACUCCAGCGGCCGGGACACUGUCACCGUUCAGGUGCUGGUCACCGACAAACCGUCCCCGCCCAAGGGUCCACUCGAUGUAUCGGACGUCCACAAGGAGGGCUGCAAGCUGAAGUGGGAGAAACCGGAGGAUGAUGGAGGUCUUCCGCUUGAGGGCUACCUCGUGGAGAAGAUGGACACUGACAGUGGCCUGUGGGUGCCGGUGGGCAAGGCCAAGGGAACCAGUAUGGAAGUGGGCGGCCUGGUGCCCGGAAAGGAGUACAAGUUCCGCGUCAGUGCGGUCAAUAAGGAGGGCGAGUCGGAGCCGCUGGAGACGCUGAAGCCGAUUGUGGCGAAGAAUCCGUUUGACGAACCCGGAAAGCCGGGCAAGCCGAAGGCCGUCGACUGGGACAAGGACCACGUCGACCUGGAGUGGGAGAAGCCAAAGGAGGACGGCGGCGCCCCGAUCACCGGCUACAUCGUCGAGAAGAAGGACAAGUACGGCGAGUGGGAGAAGGCGGCGGAGGUGGUCGGCGACCAGUGCCAGGCCACCGUGCCGAAGCUGAUCGAGGGCCAGGCCUACGAGUUCCGCGUUCGAGCGGUGAACAAGGCCGGUCCUGGUGAGCCCUCAGAUGCCUCUGAUACCGUCAUUGCCAAGCCUCGACGCCUUCCACCAAAGAUUGACCGCACCAACCUGGUGAAGAUCAAGAUCAAAGCGGGGCAGGCGUUCAGCUACGACGUGAACGUGGCGGGCGAGCCGCCGCCGGACGUCGAGUGGAAGCUGAAGGGCAGCCCCGUGAAGACGGGCGGCCACGUGAAGGUGGCCAACGAGCCGUACAACACUAAACUAAAAGUGACGCAGUCGACGCGGGCCAACUCGGGCAUCUACACCAUCAAGGCGACGAACAAGCACGGCGAGGAUGAAGCGGAGGUGGAGGUGGUGGUCCUCGACCGGCCCUCGCCGCCUGGUGGCCCCCUCAAAGUGGAGGACGUGCACGCAGAGGGUGCCACGCUGAAGUGGCGCCCGCCCGACGAUGACGGCGGCCUGCCCAUUGACCACUACGUCGUCGAGAAGCUGGACCCGGUGACCGGAAACUGGGUCAAGGCGGCGGAGACUGUUGGGGCGGAGUGUGACGCCAAGCUCACAGGCCUGACGCCCGGUAAGAAGUACAAGUUCAGGGUGAAGGCAGUCAAUCGGCAGGGCGACUCUGACCCGCUGACGAACGACAAGGAAAUUCUGGCGAAGAACCCCUUUGAGGAGCCCGGAAAGCCGGGCACGCCCACCAUUGCCGACUACGACGCGGAGUGGGUGCAGCUCGACUGGAAGCGCCCGGAGACGGACGGCGGCUCCCCGAUUACCGGCUAUGUCAUUGAGAAGAAGGACAAGUACAGCCCCGACUGGACGCAGUGUGCCGAGGUGGAGGGUNGCGGAGUGGGUGCAGCUCGACUGGAAGCGCCCGGAGACGGACGGCGGCUCGCCGAUUACCGGUGCGCCGAGGUGGAGGGCGACGUCACUUCGGGCAAGGUGAAGGACCUCAUCGAAGGGAACGUUUACGAGUUCCGCGUGAGGGCGGUCAAUAAGGGCGGUCAGGGAGUGCCCAGUGACUCCACCGGGACGCACCUGGCGCGGCCAAAGAACUCCCCACCGAAGAUUGACCGCUCCUACAUGCGCGACAUUCGCGUCAAGGCCGGCCAGAAGGUGGAGCUGGACGUGCCCGUUUCCGGUGAGCCCCCACCGACUAAAAAGUGGUCCGUGGACGGCACCCCAGCGCCGGUGGACCGCUGGACGAUCACCACCGAGGACUACAAAACGCACCUGCUGAUUAAGAGCGCCGAGAGAAAAGAUAGCGGAAAGUUGGAGCUGACCGCCAGCAAUGUCAAUGGCACGGACAAGGCGACCAUCAACCUGGUGGUGAUGGACGUUCCCGGAGCACCGGAGUCGCUUCGAAUCGCCGACAUCACCAAAGACGGAGCGAAGGUGAGCUGGAAUCCGCCAAAAGACGACGGAGGCUCUGAGAUCUCCCACUACGUCGUGGAGAAGAAGGACCUGGAGACGGGACGAUGGGUCCAUGCGGCGGACGCCUUUAGCCCCUCGGUUCGUGUGGAGAAGCUCAUUGAGGGCCAUGAAUAUCAGUUCCGCGUGAAGGCGGUGAACAAAGAGGGCGACAGCCCGUACUGCACCGCCCGGGACAGUAUCGUGGCAAAGAACCCCUUUGACACGGCCUCGAAGCCGGCGCCGCCGAAGGUGGUGGACUGGGAUGCCGACCGCGUGGACCUGGAGUGGCGGCCGCCGAGGUCGGACGGCGGCGCCCCCAUCACCGAGUACAUCAUCGAGAAGAAGCCGAAGAAGAGCGCCUUCUGGACGGAGGCUGUGAGAGUGCCGGCUCCCGGAAAAGGAGCACUGAAACCGGGGGCGGAUGCCGACGCAGAGGGCUCCGCGAGGCUGGGCGGAAAGCCGGGCCCAGGAGCAGGAGGUCAUGGUGGAGAUGCCGCCCUGGGCGUCAUUCGCGGCACUGUGCCCGACCUGCUGGAAGGGGAGGAGUACGAGUUCCGCAUUGUGGCGGUGAACAAGGCCGGCCCCAGCGACCCCUCUGACCCCUCGGAGGCGGUUAUCUGCCGACCACGGAAGGUCGCCCCGUCCAUUGACGUGGACGCGAUGAAGGACAUCAAGGUGAGGGCUGGACGGCCGAUCUCCUUCACAGUGCCCAUCAAGGGCGAACCAGCGCCCACCGCCACCUGGUCGGUGAAGGGCACCAUCGUUGCGCCGGGAGAUAAGAGGAUCGAGGUGGACUCCACCUCCACCACGGCCAUCAUCAACAUCCCCUCGUCAGUGCGCGAGGACUCGGGCGUCUUUAAGCUGGUGCUGAAGAACCCCUACGGCGAGGUGUCCGCCUCCGCCAAGGUGACGGUCCUCGACCGACCAGGACCACCCGAAGGGCCGCUGGAGAUCAGCGAGAUCACCAAGGAGUCGGUGAAGCUGAAGUGGCGCCCACCGAAGGACGACGGCGGCUGCCCCAUUAAGCACUACAUCCUCGAGAAGAUGGACGUCAGCAGGGGCAGUUGGACGGAGUGCGGCACCUCGGUGGACCUAACCUUUAAGGUGCCGAAGCUGGUGCACAAGAAGCAGUACCAGUUCCGCGUGGUGGCCGUCAAUGAGAUGGGCGACUCGGAGCCGCUGGAGAACGGCGAGACCAUAACGGCGAAGAACCCCUUUGACGUGGCCGAGGCCCCUGGAAAGCCCAAGGUCGUCGACUGGGAUGCGGAUCACGUCGACCUGGAGUGGACGGCCCCAUUGGACACCGGCGGCUCUCCCCUGACCGGCUACGUCGUCCAGAAGAAGGAGAAGGGCAGCCCCUACUGGACGAAGGGCGUCGCGGUGGCCGGAAACACCACCAAGGCCACCGUUCCUGACCUGCGCGAGGGCGUCGAGUACGAGUUCCGCGUGGUAGCGGUCAACAAGGCGGGCGACUCGGAGCCCUCGGAGCCCUCCGAUGCGAUCACCUGCCGACACCGAAACCUCGCCCCGAAGAUCAUCACCCCGCUGCGGGAGGUCCGCCUGAAGGCCGGCCAGAAGCUGGACGUGAAGAUUGAGUUUGUGGGCGCGCCGCCGCCGGAGGUGAGCUGGAUCAACAGCGCCACCGGAAAGGAAGUGGCCUCGGAUGCGCUCCGGGUCACCGUCUCCAACGGCGACGGGCACACCAUUCUGACGAUUGUCGACGCGAAACGAGGCGACUCUGGCGACUACAAGCUGAAGCUCACAAAC